ACGUGAUCAAGAGUUACCAUUAUAAACUGGUUAUUGAAUUUUGCCACUAAGAAGAAAUCAUAUUCUUUCAGAAUAAUAUUUCCGAGAAAUUAUCUCUUAAUAGGUUCUUUUUAUUAUUAAACUAUCUUCGGAAUAGAUGAGAGAAUUGUAAAUAUCAACUUUGAAUUAUUUAAAUUUUAAUGUAAAAUAAUAAUUCAACAGAGCGAUAUUGCAGAGUUUUUAGGAACACCCACCAAAAUAUUUUUUCGAAAUGAAUGGUAAAACUUUCUCUGUGCCCAUUGUUCACUCCGAACUACGGCGUGAAGAAAUGAUGCAACAAGUGGCAAGUGUUCUAGACUACGUGGAUAAAGUAUCUGAAAGUAUCUUUGCGUCGAUUACAAGUAAAAUAACAGAGAGUCGUGAAAAAUUACAAGCAAUUAAUAGACGAGUUGAUGUCGCUCAGGCUAAAAUUGAAAAGAUCAGGGGCUCAAGGAAUGCUACAACAAUAUUUGCUACUUCCAAGUAUCCAAAAGAUGGAGAAGUAGACUUUUAUAAAUGUAUGAAUAACGAAUUAAACCAAACUUUGUGUAGCUAUAAGUAUAAAACUGAGAGCGAUCUUGAAAAAUUUGAAGAUGCUUCUCUAGUCGCUAUGAAACAGUUUUUUAAUGUUAAGGUACGCCUAAAGAAAGAUAAAGAAAACUCCGAAGGAGGUCUUGGAAGACUUCCCCAGAAUAUUCAAUCUGUUUCUUCCUUGCUUUUGUUCAAUACUUCAGAAAAUCCAUACAAACAAUACAUAACACUAGAUCCUCUUGGAGUUGUUAAAAAAAUACGAAAGGAGCAAAAUGACGAUGAUAAAGAUCAAAUGGAUGAAGCACCCCAAACCAUAAGCAAUAAAGAGGAACUAGAAAGAAACAGUCAAGAAAUUGAAAAAUAUCGUCCAGUUUAUGAACAAGUCCCAGAUAUAACCGUUCCAGAUAAUCUUCCAGACUUACUUAAUAUAGCUGAUAAUCUUACUUAUAACGAUACAGUUGACUUGUCUGAAGCGAUUGUACCGUCAGCUCUGCCAGAUUUGCCUGCAAUUGAUAAUUCUACUCCUUUACCGGAAAGUCCAAGUCUUGAUCAGAAAGAGGAAGUCCUAUCACAACCUCCUCCUCCUCCUCCAACGUCUGCUCCGCCUCCACCCCCACCGCCACCUCCGCCACCGCCUCCACCAGCAGAAGCCCCAACUGCAUCCGAAACAGUUCCUGUUGCUCCACAACCAUCAAAUUUGCCUACUAUAUCUACAGAGACAAGUCAAGAUAAUAAGGAGUCUGUAGCUGACAACCAACCAGAUAACAGUAGAGCAAGUUUAAUGUCAGCUAUAAGAGAGGCAGGUGGCUCAAAAACCUUAAAGCCGUCAAAGCAAAGGGAAAUUCGCAAAAAAGAACAAAAGAAGAAUGAUCCAGAGCCUCAAGAUCUUAUGUCAAGUUUACAUUCACUAUUAAAUUUAAGGCGAAAGGCUGUUGCAGACAAACGUGAGGCAAAUGGAGCUGAAGACGAUGAGUGGGAUGAUUAA